AUGUCGAUGGGUGACACCACAAAUGGAUCCUGGUGGCUGUUAGCAGGAUGGGGCCCUAUUCUCUCAUUGAAUGCAUGGCUCCAAGAACGACCAAAUCGACUGUGGUGGGUGCUAGUGCCUGCUGCAGUGUUUGUGAGCAGCUACGCGCUGGAAGCAACUCUGCAUGAUGUGAACAGAUUGCCAGCCGCACCACACCCGGACCCAGCUCCAACGGCUCAGGAACUGGACGAGGACGCCGAGAAACACAUUCCUGUGCACGCACUCAAAGUCCUAGCAGAGAGUCACAGCUUCGAAUUGCGAAAGGCUGCAUUCAACACAGUCCUGAAUCAAUCUCUCCAAGACGGCACCCGACGACUCCUCCUUCAAGAUCUAGCCGGCAAAGACCCCGAACGUCGCGAAGACGCCGUUCGAGCUUUCGAGUAUCUACUCGCCGGUCCUGAACCAACCAACGAGCCAACCCACGAGAUCCGCCACCGUCAUCGCGCGCAACUUCACCACUUCGACACCUACGAAGCAAUAGUCUCCGCCCUCGUCAACCUCCUACCACAGCACCGUUUUCAACCCACCCCAGCGCAAUUCUCAGACCCAACAACCCUGAUCCGCCUCCUUGUCCACCUCCUCCGCGCCCACAACCAUUCACCCGUCCCUCUCCCCGAAGGCGGCAUCUCAACCGUCCUCGCAGCAGGCCUAGUCCGUCGCUGGCUAAUCCCCUACCCAUUCCCAUGCGCGCUCCCACACUUCAAACACAUAAAUGGCAACCUGCACCGCUCUGACGUCGCUGAGCUUCUAACAAACCACCACCACGAAUACGUGCGCGACGACCCAUUGAUGUCCGCGCUCUUCACCCUGCUAUCCCAGAACCCAGAAUCGCGUCUGCAGCUCCAACAAGCGGGUCUCGCAAAGCGUAAAUCGAGGCUCAAGGAGGACCUCCCAGCACAGACGGACUCUACAGCAGAAGGCGAAGACGCAAGAGAAGAAGAAGCAGACCCAGUCCCAGACGAAUACCGCCCUGCCUCACCACAUAUACAUCCAGCACCAGAUCCCGCCCUCGUCGUCGACGAAAUGGCAGCAAGACGCGUCCCACCGCCUAUCUCGCCCACCACGCGUGCGUUGUCUGCGUGGAGGAGCUUUAACCCGCCUGCUGCGCUUGUUCCGCCCGCUCAGGAGCGCGUGGGAACGGAUCUGACGCGUCCGGGUGAUGCAGAGGGAGAGGUGAGGGAGUUGGAGGCGGAGAAUCGGCGGAGGAAUCGCGAGGCGGUUGUUUAUACGGAGGAGGAGGAUAUGGUCGCGGGCGGUGGAAGCGGAGGUGGAGAGGUAGUCGGAGACGGAGCUCGAAACGAGGAUGGGAACGAAAACGGAAAUGAAAGCAGUGGCAGUGAGAGCGGAAGCGGAAGCGGCAGCGAAGAAGCGGCCUCUCGCGUUUCGUUUUCGCCUAUUGAUUCCAAUUCUGCUUCUCCGCCUGGUGGUGCUGCUGUUCCUGCUCCUGUUGCAAGUGCUGCAUCUCCUGUUCUGGCUGGAGGCAUUGGAAGAGCGGAAUUCGAGCGCCGGCUCGCUGCGCUGCAGAGCAGCAGCAGCAGCAGUAGAAGCAGCAAUGGCGAGUCGGGCCGUGCUGGGAUCAGGAGAACGAGCAGCACGAUCCUGCGGGCUGUGAGGGAGAUGGAGGAGCGAGACCGUGCUGUGAGUAGUGGCAGUGGGAGUAGUGGUGGAGGUGGAGGAGGAGGAAGGGAAGCGGAGGCGUAG